GUGUAUAAAUAUUAAUUAAAGACGGGCUGCUGAGAAAAGUUGUCUGCAAAUGUUGAAGUUAAUUCGCAGGCGUUUAUGUGGCCGGUUGGAUUGGAGGACUCUGGGGAAAAGGUUAUUCUAAUCUCUGCUGAAAUAGAAUGUGACUUACUUUGGCAGGUUUGACCGGAGAAAGGUUUUCUUCUUGGUGAUGGACCUCGCUGAUUGAGAUCUUUCGCCAUGCCCCUGCGGAGAUGAUAAUUUUGGCACUUGAGAGGAUAAUGAGUUCGUGCAUAAUUUCAUGGUGACUAGACGCCGUAAAUCAAAAUGUUUAGUAAGAGCAAGAAAUCAAAGGAAGGGAAGGCUCGGACUGGGAAAGAAAGUCCUAACCAUGGCCCCUUCAGUAGCAUGACUGCCUCUCUGCCAAAGAAUAUUUUCUCUGGUAAAUCACGCAAAAAUUCGGGGGGAUACGUUAUUGCAGAUGGAGGGAGUCAACCUUCCUCAUCUAAGAAUGGUCAGACAAUGGGUUCAACAGAACUGAUGGCGCGGUCACAGACCCUGAGUCACUCCCCGGGCCAUGGGUACUAUUUUGAGGGGGGUAGCCAUGGAGGGGGGAGUCCCUAUCACAGUCCCUCCAACCCAGCCCUCUCUAAUGCAAACCUAUCAAAUGCUCACGGGAGCCCCUUCAGCAGCCCUUCCCACAGUGGAGGGAAAUCAAACACCCUGAGUAGCGUACGGUCGCUAAGGGAAAGAUACGAGCAGGAAUCGAGUCCGCAGCUGAGCGAUCGUUCACUGGAGAGACAGAUCGACAGACUUCAGAUGUUAGCCCAGAGUGAAUCAAAUCCUAACAUUAGUCCAAGAGACUUUCAUAGCUACUCCAUGUCAUCUAGUUUCAGUAGAGAGAGGGUGACAGACAGGGAAUACCCCCAUAUGGGAGCACGGUCAUUAGAGCGUGACCACAAUUAUCCGGGUCGUUCACGCUCCAUGGAACGUCCAGACUACACAACACAAUUAUAUAAUCAAGAGAUGAGAAAUUUUCGUGACACUUUUAUUCUGGAUUUGGAAGGACAGAUUGCUGAUUUGAGCAAAGAAUGUGCCAAGCUACACCAGGAGCUUGACUCUACGAAAGAGAAGCUGAGUUCCAGCAUGAACAGCAUAAAGACAUUCUGGAGCCCAGAGCUGAAGAAGGAACGCGCCCUACGCAAGGAGGAAAGUGCCAAGUAUUGUUUAUUGAAUGAACAACUCAAAGUGGCUCAGGCAGAACUCAAGAAGCAGGCCUCUGUAAUCCAGAGUUUGGAGAGUCAGGUCAGUCUGGGUGAGGACGUCCAGGCCAGCUCACGGAUAUCUCAGCAGGAGAUCGAGAUACUCCAGCGAGAGAAGGACAAGCAAUCAAAAGAAAUACUCAUUCUGCGGCGAACGGUCGACGAGAUGGAACUUCGAAUCGACAUCCAGAAACAGACGCUCGCAGCUCGCGACGAAAGCAUGAAGAAGUUACUGGAGAUGUUACAGAGUAAGGGCCACUCGAUCAGUAACAUACAGGAGAAUCAACGCGAGAUCGAGGGUCUACAGGCUCAGAGGCUCGAGGACGAGCGCAAGAUCAAACAGCUACAGAACGAGCUCAGUCAACAGUCAGACGAGUCCGCGGCUCUCAAAGAGGAGAAGAAUCAUCUAUCAGAUGAAGUAAAACAACUUGAUCUGCAGUUGAAACAGAUGCCAGCCAGCAAUCAUACCAUGAAAGCCAUGCUGGAGGCCAAGGAUUCUAGAAUUUCUGCCCUGGAGAAGGAUGUCCAGGCUUUGGAAGACAGGAUCAUGAAAAACCAGGAGGAUGGAACUGACGGGAGCGUGAAGAAGGACACCGGACUCAAAGACAGCUUGUCCAGCAAAGAGAAACAUCUCAGAUCAGAGGUGGAGAGACUAAAGACAGAAUUAACAAGGAAGGAAGCUGAAAUCGAGGGACUGAAACUGAAAGUAGACACACUGACAAGUCAGCAGUCCGAAAACCAGCAACACAUCACCGUACUGAAAGACCAGGUGUCAGCUAAAGAUAAACAGCUAGCCAUGCUACAAACAGAGAUUGAUGAAUUCAUAGAGAAGUUGAAGGAGAAGAAUUCCACUAUUGAUAAGAAUGAUCAGAAAUCCCAGAGUCUGCAGUUGGAGAAGAGACGCAUAGAGAACGAGAUGACAGAACUGAGGGAACAGAUAGAAACCAAGGACAGGAAGCUAACUCUCCUGCAGAGGAAGAUUGAGGCUCUAGAAGAAGACCUGAAGGAGAAGGAUGCCACAAUUUCUCAGCUGAAGGCGUCACAGAGCCACAUAGAGAACACCACCACUGCCAUCGCCACACUGGAGGAGACCAUCACAGAGAAAGAGAGGCAGAUAGAAAGACUGAAGGAACAGAGAGACCGGGCGGAAUCGGAACACCAAGAGGAGUGUGAUCUGUACAUGAAGAGAAACCACGAACUGAAGGCCCAGGUGGAUAAACUACAGCUGGAUAUCACAGACAGACAGACUGAGCUGUGUGACCUCAGGGAGAAGGUCACGGAGGCGGGGUCAGAAAAGUUCAAAUCCGAGACACGCAUCAAACAACUGGAGCAAGAAAACCAGGAGAAGACAGAGGAAAUUCAGAAGUUAAAGGCAGAGGUUGAAGAGAAAACUAAAGCUACAGCUGAGAAAGUUGUAGAUGAAGAGAGUGAGAAGAAAGUGACAGAUCUGAUGUCACAGUUAGAGAAACAGGAAGAGGAAGUCAGGACAAUAAAGGAAGAGGUCAAAAGGUCACAGGUGGCCAUUACAGAACUGGAGGAGGACAAAGCCAAGAAAGAAAAGGAGAUUGCUGAAAUGCAGGAUAUAAUAAAGGAAUACAAGCAGAAGAUGGGAACCUUAAAACGAAGCCAGCAGAUAGAGAAGAAGAAGAACGCUCAUUUACUGGAGGAGGCGCGGCGAAGGGAGGGGGACCUUAACGAUGAUGCCUCACAGUUAAAGGAUGCAGUGAUUGCUAAGGGAGACAGGAUAGAAGAGUUAGAGGAGGCGUUGAAGGAGAGUGUCCGCAUCACAGCCGAGCGGGAAAUGGUGAUGGUGGAACAGCAGCAACAGCUAGAGGAGGCUGAAAACAAGGUGGCCGAGCUGACUAUGGAGCUAGCGAGGAAUAAAUCUGCUGAGAACAGUGCAAGGGUCAACUUCCUGACGAAACAACUAGAAGACAAAGAGCAGAAGCUAAAGAAACUGCAGUCUGAGAGACACAAACACCUAGAGGAGGUGUACGAAAUGAAACAGGAGGCCAUUCAGGCUGCCAUGAGUGAGAAGGAUGCUAACAUAGCUUUACUGGAGAUGACCAGCACAAAACAAAGAAAGAACACAGAGGAGAUAGAAAAACUCAACAAAGAGAAGGAAAAGUUACAACAGCAACUCAAAGAAGUGACACAGAACCGUAUGAAGCUGAUUCAGAAGCAGGAGAGGAGGAGCGAGUCCCUGGGGCGCUCCAAGAAGUCCCCCAGUCACCGGGCCAAGGGGGCGUCGCCCGACCGCGUCAAUCCAUACGUUCUCACGGCCCCGGCAUCACUCGACUCAUGACAUGAGUUAUACAGUAACUCAAUCAGUGUGUAACUCAGCACUGUAACAUAAUUACAAACCACUGCAAUAAAUGUAAAUUAUCUAACUUUGAUGUAUUUAAUUGAUGACUGAUGUUUAUGCUGAGUGAGAAAAAUAGAAUGACAUGUACUAUGUGUGAAACAGAAUAGGAAGAAAGGGUAAUAAUGUAAUGAGUCAAUGAAUCGGACAAUUUUAAAUUUGCAUGGGGUUAUGCAGUUGCCAGAUUUUCUAUUGAUUGUACUGUUUCUUAUAGAGGUCCACUGUAAAUUCCCUGUGGCUUUAGACCAAUCCUUGUAUGACCAGCUGCUCUGGCUUCUGUGAUCGUUUAAGAUGUUCUGCCUCUAAUCAGCUGGUAUUGUGUUUGUGUGUUUUGUGAUAUUGGAAAAGAAUUUCAAUAUACUGUUCUGGUUAAUAAUUGUAAAAUUCAGUACUGUGUACAACUGUGUUUUUUUUCUGUGUUCUCUGCACUAA